CCACAAUACAAUACACUGUCUUUCUCUCUUCUACUUUUGCUACGAAGCCAAUUCUUUGAUUUUCUUAAUGCUCAUGUCGAUAUCAAGCAGAAUCAAGACUAAAUACAGCGACAUUAGGGAUGUCACGCUUGUUGACUUUCUGGAUGUAUCGACAGAAACAUCUUUCCCUUCAUACGAGCUCUGGAAGUACCAGCCUACUAUCAUCAUUGUGAUCCGUCGUCCUGGAUGCCAGUUCUGUAGAGAGGAGGCCAAAAUAUUCCACGAAAAUCGGCAAAUCAUUGAGGAAAAUUUGGGCAUGAAAAUAGUGUGCAUUGUACAUGAGAAAGAAGGCUCAGAUAUCUUUCAAAAGGAAUUCUGGCAUGGAAAAGUCUAUUUUGAUCCUGAGAAAGGCUUCUACAAGGCAUUUGGCGGAGGUCGUAUGCGCACAGGAAGCUGGGAACAGAUGCUUCGACCAACAUUUUGGAGGAAUCUGGUGCGGAACAAGAGGUCAGGCGUUAAGGGUAACUUCGUAGGCGAUGGACAUAUACUCGGAGGGCUCUUUGUGGUGCAGAGUAAUGAUGGAGGUAUUGCAUAUGAACAUAUCGAGCGGGUGUGGGGCGACAUCACGCACGCAGACAAGGUCCUUGAAGCCUGCAGUCGUGUCACAGGCGUGCAAUUGAGCAAAGAUACGGUUUCGAAGGCACAACAGGAUCAUGACAAACUCUACAAUAAGAUGCAACAGUCGUCGUAUGCUAAAGGGGAUCAAGAUCAAAACAAAGCCCGGGAAUAACGAUGUUACUGCAGCCGGUACUUGUGUAGUUGUUAUAUCCACCUAUUCCUUUACUUCAGUUGUCAGCACAUCAUAACAGGGACGAAACGUGAGUGGUGCUGACAAUGCAACUCAUUUGACCUUUUCUUCUCACGAUCUCAUGAACUCACCAAAAGCCGUUCAACAUAAUCUAUUAAGUGAAAAAAUAAUGAUGAUAAUAAAG